AUGCUACGGAGGCAAGCGCGAUUGCGCCGCGAAUAUUUGUACAGGAAGUCGGCAGAAGAUAAACAGAAGAGUAUUCAAGCUAAAAAAGAUCAAUUAAAAAAAUGUUUAGAAGAGAAUAUUCCUAUUCAUGGAGACCUAAGGAAAGAAGCAAUAGCUUUACAACAAAGAUUAGAAUUUGAAGACAAAGGUCCAGAAAAAUCUGCAGUAAUCGGUGGCUUCAGUGGCGGAGCAAACACAUUAAACUCUCAAGAUGAUGAGUAUAGAUAUGCAGGUGUCGAAGAUCCAAAGAUUAUGAUUACAACAUCCAGAGAGCCUAGUGCAAGGCUUAAAAUGUUUGUUAAAGAGUUAAGACUAAUAUUUCCUAACAGCCAACGUAUGAAUCGUGGGGGUUAUGAAAUGUCCCAACUCAUUCAUGCAUGUCGAGCUAAUGAUGUCACAGAUUUUAUAGUUGUUCAUGAACAUAGAGGAGUACCUGACAGUUUGGUAAUAUGUCAUCUUCCCUAUGGCCCCACAGCAUCAUUUACAUUGUCAGGUGUGGUGAUGAGACAUGAUAUUCCAGAUAUAGGGCCCAUGAGUGAACAGUACCCACACCUUAUAUUCCAUAACUUUAAAACAGAUCUUGGUAAAAGAACAAUGAGUGUUUUAAAGUACCUAUUUCCAGUACCUAAGCCAGACUCAAAGCGAGUGAUAACUUUUGCCAAUAACGAUGAUUACAUCUGCUUUAGACAACAUACACAUAAGAAGGUUGGUAAAGAAAUAGAGCUCUCUGAAGUAGGUCCUCGCUUCCAAAUGAAACUGUAUGAGAUAAAAUUAGGCACUUUAGAAGCCUUGGAGGCAGCUGACACUGAAUGGGCCUUACGCCCCUACAUGAACACUGCUGCCAAACGACGAUUCCUCAGUGACGAGGAUGGAUGGCAGGAGGAAGAAUGA